AUGUCUCGCUGGUUGAUCAUCUCGUCGGUGCUGUCGACUUUGGUCGCCGUCAGCCUGGCUACAUCGAUAUUCAUUGAACCUGGAAGCAUCAAAGCGGCGUUCAAAGAUGCCGGAAAAACGGUCGGUGUUGAGGUGUGGCGUAUCGAAAACUUUCAACCCGUAACCGUGCCGAAGCCAAAACAUGGAGAGUUUUACAACGGCGACUGUUACGUGGUGAUGAACACCAAGGAGGGCAAGAACAAAGUAAAGUCUUACGAUAUUCACUUCUGGUUGGGCACGAAGACUACUGAGGAUGAGGCCUUCACGGCGCAGUACUUCGCCGACAAGCUGGGCAAUAUGCUGAACGGAGUGCCGGUGCAGCACCGCGAAGUUGAAGAUGCCGAGUCGGAUCUUUUCUUUAGCUACUUCAAGGGAACUGUUCGCUAUCUGGAGGGAAGCGUCGCCAGCGGCUUCAAGCACGUCACCACCAACGAUCCGGGUGCGAAGCGCCUGUUCCAGAUCAAGGGUACGAAGAACAUUCGCGUCCGCCAGAUGGAGCUGGCUGUGUCGGCCAUGAACAAGGGCGACUGUUUCAUUCUCGAAGCGGACCGUGAGAUCUACAUGUACGUUGGACCGACGGCGAGCUGUGUGGAGAAGCUGAAGGCGAUCAUCUUCGCUAACCAAGUGCGCGAUCAGGAUCAUACCGGUCGCUCGAAGGUGCACAUUCUCGAUGAGUUUUCCACGCUCACCGAUCAGGAGAACUUUUUUACCGUGCUCGGAUCGGGAUCGCCGUCGCUGGUGCCCGACCAAUCAACCGCUUCAGCAGAUGCCGGAAUACAUUUGUAA